GAGAGCAGCCUGGUGGAAGGAGAUGUCUGCGGAGGGAAGGGAUGCGUCACUGGAUUAGUGCCUGAGAAUCUUGUCCCAGCCUCUUCCUCCUGAGCUGCUGAGACGCCUCCAGAAAGGGCACGACACUCGCUGCUCGCUUUCCCUCCACUAAGCCUUCCACAUGAGCCAGCCAAGCCUUACCUCCCCUCCAGGAUGAAGAAAGAAAAGAAAACGCAUGCUUUGCUGUUUCUCCUCCUGCUUCAAUUCACCUUGGCAAGGCAAUCAGACUAUGCUCCAUAUUUUUAUGAUAAUGGACCAAGCAGUACAAAUGGGAAUAUGGCCCUGUUCAGCAUCUCUGAGGACACACCAGUUGGUACACAGAUAUACAUCCUGAAUGGCACAGAUCCAGAGGGGGACCCGGUACGAUAUGGUCUGACUUUUGAAAAGGGCUCCAAAGAAUAUUUUAGGGUGGAACCCAAAUCUGGAAACGUGACUCUAAUUCAGGAGCUCGACAGAGAGAAACAAGGUGAAAUCUCAGUUCUGGUGAGCAUCACAGAUGGAAGAAAUAAAGUUGUUGAAACAGUGAGAGUGUUUGUCACGGACGCCAACGAUGAACCACCGGAAUUUCAAAACCUGCCUUUCAUCAUUGAUAUCCCAGAGGACACUACUCCGGGAAGUAGCAUCUACAGAGUCCAAGCCGUGGAUAAGGAUAUGGGCUCAGGAGGCAGCGUCUCAUAUUAUCUACAGACCUCCCCAUUCGCCAAGUUCACCAUCGAUGGGCACAGCGGGAUCCUUAGAGUCAAACCAGGCGAGACUCUGGACUACGAGACCACCCCGACACAUUUUGUGACGGUGGUCGCAAAGGAUGGAGGAGGAAAGUACAAGGGGAAACAUCAGGUGUUGACCUCCACAGCCACUAUAACAGUGAAUGUAAUCGAUGCCCAAGACAUGCCUCCAUCCUUCGUGGGAACCCCUUACUUUGGCUACGUCUACGAAGUCUCAGUUCCUGGUUCUGAAAUAUUCACUGUCUAUGCUAAAGACGGAGAUCAAGGCAAUCCUAACCCCAUACAUUAUUCCAUUAUGAAUGGUAGUGAUGGUGUCUUUAAUAUAAAUAGCACCAGUGGAUGCAUCACCCUGACAACGUAUCCAUCUCUGCUGAGAAACGAAUUAUAUGAAAUUAUAGUCAAGGCAUCUGAGGUCGGACCAAACGAACAGCCGUCUGAUGACUACGACAUCACCACGGUGACAGUCCGGGUGGUGGAUCUCAACAACCACCCUCCGACCUUUUACGGAGAAAAUGGACAACAGAGCAAGUUCGAGGUCACCAUGUACGAGCAUCCACCUGCAGGAGAGAUCCUCCGGGGCUUUAAGAUCACCGUCAAUGACUCCGAUCAGGGAGCAAACGCUAAAUUUAAACUGAGGCUUGUGGGGCCGAGCCGCGUGCUGCGAGUGGUUCCCCAGACGGUCCUCAAUGAAGCACAGGUGACCAUCAUUGUGGAAGACACAUCUGGCAUCGACUAUGAAAAGGGACCAACCCUUUCUUUUAAGCUGCUGGCAGUGGAGAUCGACACUCCUGAGCGCUUCAGUGCGACAGCUGACAUAGUCAUCAACCUGCUGGACACAAACGACAACAUCCCCAAAUUCACAUCCGAGUAUUACAUCGCCAGGGUCCCUGAGAACUCUCCUGGAGGCUCCAGCGUUGCGACUGUAACGGCAAAUGAUCCAGAUUCGGGGCCUUGGGGUGAAGUCAAAUACACGAUUUAUGGAUCAGGAUCAGAUUUGUUUGCCAUCCACCCGUCAUCAGGCGUCAUCUCCACGCAGCCCUGGACCAGCCUGGACGCAGAGGUCAGGUCUAAAUACAACUUCUACGUCAAGGCUGAGGAUUCGGAGGGGAAGUACAGCUUGGCCGAAGUCUUCAUCACCGUCCUCGACAUGAAUGACCACUCUCCAGAAUUUGAUGACAAACUCCUGGAGAAGACCAUGAUCAUUGGCAUACCUGUCAGAGUAGAGGCAGUAGAUGACGACGCAGAGUCUCCAAACAACGUCAUUCAGUACUCCAUCAUGACAGCCGAUCCUGACAAUGCAUUUGAUAUCAACGCUGACACCGGUGAGAUCAAGCUGAAGCCGUACAUCAAGUCCAUGGAGAUUGUGCAGAACAUCACCAAGCAGAAGGACUGCAAGUGGUCUCUGGUGGUCCAGGCCAGGGACAGGGGCUCUCCGUCUUUCAGCACGACAGCCGUGGUCAACAUCGACAUCACCGAGGCGACUCCUCUCAAGGGGCCUAUGGCAGCCUUUUUAAUGAAAAGUAGAGACAACCCAAUGAAAGCUCUAGGCAUGGUCACUGUUAUCAUUAGUAUGUUGGUAGGGGUGACUGUUUUGAUCUCUACGGCUAUGUACAUGCGCAACUCAAAGUCCAACAGGAUCAUGCCGGCACGUCGCAUCAUCAGGAGGCGACCCAGGGACCAGCAGCCCUGGACCUUCAAGAUGCCCGGUAUCACAUUCAACCACCCUGCAGACAAGUUCGCCAUCGGUGACCCAGAGAGAAGCCCCCACCGGAACACCGGCAACCCCCGGCCGAAGCCUCCACCCCCCAGUGCACCUUCUCUUCCCCCUCCACCUCCAUCUAACACACGGCCCAGUGAGAGGCCCCGGGCGGUCCCAACAAUAUCUGGCGCGCUGGCCUCCAAAGGUUCAAAGAAAGCUAAAUCUAGUCGCCGCAAAGAGGGAAAUAUAAGCUCUGCUUUAGUGUCGGAGCUUAAGAUGAAGCUGGAGCAGAAAAUCAUCGAGAGCAACCAAGGUUAUUAUUAACACAAACGUCUUGUUUAAGGUUGUCCAGUCCAUUCUUCGACGACUCUACUGCUCUUAGCUCAUCUAUUGUCGCAGAGUUCUCAUCUGAACCUCGUGAUGAUCUGGUAAGGUGGGCCUAUCUUUAGGUAUAACAAUGGGUAAACGGUAUAAGGGUACAACAGGAAGGCUUACAGGUGUUUAUGUCUUAACGUGAGAUGUUAAGUGGGAUUCACUGCUGACCUGGUUUAGGGAAAGAGAGGCGAGAGCUGGAGUCUGUCGGUGGUGCAGCAGGUAAUUCACCACACUGCCAUCUUGAGGAUUACAUCAUCUGAACACUAAGAAGCAACCACUGUAAAUUGCCCAUAGAAAGAGAGAGAGAGAGAGAGAGAGAGAGAGAGAGAGAGAGAGAGAGAGAGAGAGAGAGAGAGAGAGGAUUACAAAGAUUUACUGUGUAUACAUAAGUUGCAUAACUUCCUAAAAAACAUAAUAUUCCAAAACUCUGUGGUGUUUUCAACACUGAAUUAGGAUUUCACUCAAUAAAUCCUAAAAAAAAAACCCAAACAUGUGCAGCUGAAUGACACAGUCAGGAAGAACACCACUGCUUAUUAUAAAGUGCUAAAGGACCUGUGUGUUAAUAUUUUUACUGUGUUCAGCCGCUUGAAAGCUGAGAAGUUGCUCUUUUGUAUGAUUACAAUGUGCCACUGUAGGUUUUCACAGUAACACAAGCUGAGUUGCUUUUAUUUAUUUGACUGUGAUUCUAGAAAAAUGCUUUUAUAUAAAUUGACAUGGGUCCAAUUUAAAUGUACAGCGCUGUAUUAUUUUCUUUAUUUUGAAUACACAUACUGUAUAUGACAAGAUAUGUACAUUUCCCAGUUGUAUCUUGCAGCAGUAAAUAACAGAAAAUACAAACGAAACCAUCUAACUCCAUUCAUGGGAUAUUGUUGGUAAAAAUGAGUCGUCUGCUUGAGAUUUUCAAGCUCAGAUUGCAUGUAUAUAACUUGCUUGGACAUUUCCUUUAUAGAUAUACAUGUUUAUAUGUAGAAUCUGUGUCGAACAUUUAGGGUCCACAUGCAGUUACUUUCCAUGUUACGCUCCAAUGCCUUCAAAUGUAGGCACAUACAGUUUAAUCUCUGUAAUAAAUAUCUUGUAUCUGACUAUAUCUUAACUUAUAACUAUCUUAAAUAAGUUGAGAUAAACUAUAUAUCCUAACUGUAAAUUACAAUUGCCUGGUCCUAUAACUUAUUUGUACCGUCUUUGUACUGUCUUGAUUUUGAAUAAAUAUUUGAA